AUGAACGACGGCGACGAUCGUACGCCGGAGGCUUCGUCGGAAGAAUAUGAUUCUGAGGUUGAAGGAGGCGGUGACGUUGUGAAUUACAGUGCAAAUUUUGUGACAGAUACGGUUUUUCGAACGUUUGAUGAUGCAGUUAAAUGGGCGGAUGAUGUUGCCAUAAAUCUGGGAUUUAUUCUGGUGAAAUCGUCUUUCAACAAAACCAGAGAUGGUCGACCAUAUAGGUAUUUGAGAUGUGAUCGGGGACGGAGGAGUAAGCCGAGAGAUCUUGAGAACGCAAUUCGGAAGGACACAAAAACCAAAGCCAAUAGUUGUCCUUUCUACAUCAAGAUAUACUACGAGUUCAUCACCGACAGUUGGAUUAUCCGGGAGAAAAAUGAUGAAACUGGGACCCACAACCAUCCAAUGAUUGCGUAUCCAGAGGGACAUCGUAAAAUUAGUGGGUUGAGCCUGGAUGCGAAGCAGGUUGUGCGUGACAUGACGAAGUCUAAGGUUGCACCGCGUAACAUCAUGGCGACUAUUGCCGAGCAGUUUCCUGAUGAUCAUCCAAACAUCAAACACAUCUACAACUGCCGGAAUGACCUGAGAUCGGAGAUGUCUGACGGGAGAGGAGUUGUUCAGCAGUUUCUACAUUUGGCGAGACAGAGUCAAUAUCUUUACUGGGUCAUGUCUGAUGAUGAAGGCGUUUUACAGCAUGCCUUUAUGGCGCACCCAGUCACGGUAGAAAUCUUUCGGACGUACCCAUAUGUGAUCGGUAUGGAUUCCACUUACAAGACCAACCGAUACGGGAUGCCGUUCUUUGAGAUAGUUGGUGUGACACCGACAAAUCAGAAUAUCCUCGUUGCUUACGUGUUCAUGUGCAACGAGUGCACGGCAAGCUGUCGAUGGGUUUUGCAGAGAUUGAGAGACUUGAUUGGAAUGAAUGAUCAAAUAGUGCUAAAGUUUCAAUACAGGGGUACGGAUACUGAUGUGGUAGUAGAUGAUAUUGAUAAAGUCAACCUCAUUGACUUAGUUAUUGAAUAUUGGGAGUCAGUUAGAAAGAAUGGGAAACCAACACCUUUGAACCAUCAAGUUUUGCUAGUUACAACAAAGAUUAAAACAUCCCGCAUAAUCACAAUCAUGAAGAAAAGGAGGAGUAUAAGAAUGGCGGAGAAGGUAAAUGGGUUUUCUCUGGUUUACGGUUAUAUAAAGAAGGGGAAAUGA